UAAAGGAAAAAAAUAAAAAUGUAAUCUUUUUUGUCGGGUGAAGAAACGCGUAAUUCAUUGAAAACACGGGAUCGUAGGUCUGGAAAUUAAUUACCCAUUAAACAGAAACCCUCAAUUUCUUCCUUCUUCACAAUUUCAUAAAUCUCAUCUUCAACCUUAUAUACGAGUGACUCUCUCUCUCUCUCUAACAUUUACUAUUUACGAUUGACUGUUUAUCGUGAUUCGUUGUUCAGAGAACCGGAUUACAGACUGCAAGUGGGUUUGGGGAAAAAAUGGUGUCUGAAACAUGGUUUCGCAAUUUAUGGAGAACGAAUCGAAGUCGGGAGAGUAACAAUCCAUUAACAGUAGGAGUAUUGACGUUUGAGAUUGCAAAUUUGAUGGCAAAGCUUAAUCAUUUAUGGAAGUGUUUGAGCGAUAAACAUGUUGCAAUUUUACGAAAGGAAAUACUGAAUUCGAAUGGCAUUAAGAAUCUCAUUUCGGAAGAUGAUGAUUAUAUCGCCGGUUUAAUAUGCGGUGAGAUGAUGGACAACUUGAAUCUCAUCGCUAAAGCCGUGUCCAGGUUUGCGGUUAAGUGCGAUGACUCGAAUUUGAGGAGAUUUGAGAUUGCGUUUGGUGAGCUUGUUAAGUCUGGUAGUAGAGAUUUGUUUGGAUGGCAGUUAUCAUAUAGGGAAAUGGAGAAGAAUGUUAAGAAAAUAGAAAGGUUCGUCGAUGUGAACUCGAGUUUGCAUCGAGAAUUGGAACUGAUAUCGGAGAUUGAAUACAGUUUGAAGAGAACGAAGAACAGUGAUUUUGAGAAAAAAUUGGCUUGGAAGAAACGAGAGGUGAAACAAUUAAAGGAUAUUUCGUUUUGGAACAAAUCUUAUGAUUAUGUUCUUAUUCUUUUGGCCAGAAGCAUCUUCACUGUAUUCAGGAGGAUUGGAUUCGUUUUCGGAAUGAAUCACGAUAUCAUCAAAGAUUCUGGAUCUAUACUGGAUUUUGAUAUCAUCGAUCGCAGCCAUUCCAUUUCCGCGUCGUCUAUUCAUCCCUCUGAGACCGCCGGCGCAGGCGUUCCUAGAUUCUCUUCCGGUCCCUUAGACAAAUGGGUGGGCAAGAGAACAAAUUUUUAUUCAGGUCCAUUGGUAAGAUCUGACAAAACAGGGUCGAGGAAGGAAAAAACUCCUGUUUUUCUUUCCGGUCCACUGGAGAAAUCGACUUUGGGAUCGGUUAUAUCAACAAGUAAAUCCGGUUUUAAGUUAUGGCCUUUCAAAGGUAAGAAGAAGAGCUCAAAGUCAAAGCAGAAUCUUCGUGUUAAUGGCGAUGACAUACAGAGAAUCAAUCAGAUGAGCAAUCAAAGUAUAGUUUCAAAUGCAACUCCUCCUCCUGGAAGUCUAGGCGCAGCUGCUUUGGGCUGGCAUUACGCAAACAUUAUAAUCGCGAUCGAGAGGCUAGCCAUUUCUCCUUACUUAAUAGGUCAAGAUGCUAGAGAUGAUUUGUACAGUAUGUUGCCUGUUAACGUUCGAUCUACAUUAAGGGAGAAGUUAAAGCCACAUGGAAAUAAAUUGGUUUGUGAUACUGGUCUUGGUCAGGAUUGGAGUGAGUAUAUUGCGGAAAUGUUAGAAUGGUUAGGUCCUCUUGCACAUAACAUGAUAAGAUGGCAAUCGGAAAGGAGCUUGGAUCCUGGGAGUAGUAAUGGCGUUUGGCAGAGAAAUGUUUUCCUUGUACAGACACUUCAUUUUGCAGAUCAAGAGAAGACUGAAGAUACAAUUGUAGAGCUGUUGAUGGGGUUGAACUAUAUUUGGAGGCUUGGUCGUGAACUUAGUACUAAUGGGUGAUAGAAUGCUGAUCAAUUCUCUCAAUCUAGAAGAAGGCCUAUCAUAGAAAUUAAACAUCAUUCAAGUAAGCUUUUUCAUCUCAUAAUUCAAUUUACUAUAUAGAAUUUGUGUAUAUUUUCUUCAUCACUGGAUUUUUUUUAUUAUUAUACUUAAACAUGUAAAGAAAUUUUUCUUAACAUGUAAUAUCUCUCAAAUCUACAACACAAAAACUAAGAAUUAUACAAUUUCAUUCCAUUUUGUCCAUUUUUUUUAUAUUUCUUCA